AUGAUGCUUGAUCUUGCAGGAGUAGCAGUAAUUACAGGUGCAGGGAGGGGUAUUGGACUUGAGUGUGCUCAUGCGUUUGCUGCAGCAGGCGCGGCGGGAGUCGUAUUCGCCGACCUAGACUUAUCUGUCGUCCAGGAGAAGGCAGAGGAAAGCAGGGCAAUAGCGACAAAUCCUGCAUAUAAACCGCUUGCAGUUGCUGUGGAUGUAACUGACAAGAAACAAGUUGAAAAUAUGGUUGCUCAGACCCUCGAGACCUUCAACAGGAUUGACUACAACGUCAAUUGUGCUGGGGUGGCUAUGCACAAACCAACUCAUUUCAUGGAUCUAUCAAUUGAGGAGUGGGAGAGGGUCAGCCGGGUAAAUGUGCAAGGCGUGUUCCACUGCAUGCAAGCGGUUGGGAAAGUAAUGAGGACGCAAGAGUCGCUUAAAACGUCUGGACUCCAUGGACCGCGGGCGGGACAACGGGGUUCGAUAGUCAACCUGGGGUCUAUUCAUUCAUCUCAGUCGGCUCCUGGGACCGCCCAAUAUACGGCUUCCAAACACGCAGUAGUAGGCCUGACCAGGUCUUGUGCCCUAGACUUUGCAAAAGAAGGUAUACGUGUGAAUGCUGUCUGUCCCUCAUGGGUCAACACACCAAUGAUAAACAGCAACGAAGUCCUUGCGGAAGUUCAUCAAGUCAUCGGGAAUGUUGUACCCUUGGGGCGUAUUGCAGAAGCAGAGGAGGUAGCAGACGUUAUUUUGUUCCUUUGCAGCGCUAGAGCGAGCUAUGUCACCGGUGCCGCUUGGAUGGUGGAUGGUGGCUUCUCCUGUGCCACAGUGUUAUAG